UUGAGAACACUCUUAAUGUUUGUAGCGCGCUGGUGCACUGGGUGUUCCUGCCUGAUGGAUUUCACAGUGCGAAUCUUGAUGAUGUUGCUCAGUCUCUUGUUGUUCAGCCUGCAAGUGACAGUGCAGAGUUCAAUCAAUGCCUGCUGUUCCAAUGGACUCGAAUGGGCAUCUGAGAAAGGAGAUUGUGCUUCUUUGCCCUAUACACUGGAAGAACCAUUUUGCAGAAUAGCACAGGAAGAAUGCUGUUGGGUAAAGCUUGAAGAAAUGCAUUGUUCAGAUGGUAUAAACAUGGCCAGGGAAAACCAAGUAUGUGAGGUACUUGGCACUAACACAGGCAACUGCAACAUGGUAAAGAAAUGCUGUCAGUGUUGCCUUCUUGGUAAAGGAGCUAAAGCUAAUGGACUCAACUGUGAAGCAAAUCCAGCAUUGGGGUACCAGUGUGGACAGGUCUACAGGGCAUGCUGCGUCGGAGAACAAGAAGACAUCAGUCUUCCAGCUACAGGAAAUAACAUAGAAGAACAUUCAAUACCAGAUAUGCACAAUCAGAGUACAGGCAGUUCCCAACCCAGAAAACCAUUACUAGAGUUGGAGGAUCCAUUCCUGAAUGAUCGAUGCAGAGGUGGCGGACCCUGCCAACAGCGGUGCACUGACACUGGUACCAGUGUUGACUGUUCUUGCUUUGAUGGCUACAAGCUGAAGGAUGACAAUGUCACGUGUGAAGAUAUCAAUGAGUGUCUGUCAUUGCUACACCCAUGUCAAGCAGGACAACGCUGCAUCAACACUGCUGGGUCCUAUCAAUGCCUGCGUGAGAUAGGCUGUGGCACAGGCUAUGAACUGACUGAAAACAAUCAGUGCAAGGAUAUCAAUGAAUGUCAGAUUGGAACACAUAACUGUGGAUCCAACUUUAUCUGUCAGAACACACAAGGAUCAUUCCGCUGCCGGCCAAAAAUGCAAUGUGGAACUGGAUUUCUGCAGGAUGCUCUGGGCAACUGUAUUGACAUCAAUGAGUGUACCAACACAAUUCAGCCUUGCCAGGCUGGCUACACCUGUAUCAACAGCAUUGGCUCGUAUAGCUGUAAGCGCAAUGUUGUUAACUGUGGUCGAGGUUAUCGCAUGUCUGCGGAUGGAUCACACUGUGCGGACAUUGAUGAAUGUGUAGGUUUACAAAAUCCUUGUGGUGAAGGGCAUUCCUGCAUCAAUUUUCCUGGCAGUUUUCGCUGUGAUUGCAAGAUUGGAUAUUACUUCAACAGCGUUUCCAGAACAUGUGUUGAUGAAAAUGAAUGCAGGCGUUAUCCAGGACGCCUGUGUGCCCACAAUUGUGAGAACACUCCAGGUUCCUACUACUGCAGCUGCAGCAAAGGCUUUAAACUCUCAGUUGAUGCGAGAAACUGUGAAGAUGUAAAUGAAUGCGAACACAAUCCCUGCAGUCAGGAAUGUGCGAAUGUCUUUGGCUCAUACCAGUGUUACUGCCGCCGUGGUUACCAGCUCAGUGAUACAGAUGGGAUAACAUGUGAAGACAUAGAUGAAUGUGCUUUACCUGCUGGAGGCAACAUUUGCUCUUAUCGCUGUAUCAAUACUCCGGGCAGCUUCCAGUGUGCUUGUCCAGUGGCUGGUUACACACUGGCAUCCAAUGGACGUAACUGCCAAGAUAUCGAUGAAUGUAUCGCAGGGAGGCAUAAUUGCUCUGGCACUGAGACCUGUUUCAAUGUUCAGGGCAGCUUCCGUUGCCUGACCUUUGACUGCCCAGAAAACUAUCAAAAGUCAAGAGAUGUUCGCUGUGAGCGCUUGCCUUGCAAUGAAAAUAAGGAGUGCCAAAGCCUGCCUUUAAGAAUAACCUACUAUUACCUCACUUUCCCCACCAACAUCCAAGUGCCCACCAAUGUCUUCCGUUUUGGGCCCUCUCAUGCUGUUGCUGGAGAUAAUAUUCUCCUUUCCAUCACCCAUGGCAAUGAGGACAACUACUUUAAUACACAAGAACUGAAUAGUCACGGCGGAAUUGUCUUUGUGCAGCAACAAAUAACAGAACCCAGGGAUUUUCUUCUCACCGUUGAGAUGAAGCUCUUGCGUCAUGGAGUCACCAACAUAUUUAUAGCAAAAAUCUACAUUGUUGUCACUGCGCAGGUUUGAUGACUAUUGUCUAGUCAAUAGUCAGAGUAAUAAUUACUAUUAAUACCCCAACUGACCCUAUGAUAUGCUUACUGGCAAAAACUGAAAUCUGCUCUUUCUUAUAUUUUCUAGAUAUUUGCUAAUAACUCAGCGCCCAGGUGUUUUUUCUAUUGUUUGAAAGUUUAACUUUCAUAAUGCAUUGCUGUCCUCUCCUUUAGUGCAUGCUCAGCAGUUUACUUAUAAAUCUCACUGCAUGACUUUAAUCUCCUCAUAUACAUAAAGUGGAUGUAAAAUUAAAAGAAGUGUGAGACUAGAAUAUUACUCUUGUAGUGACCCACUUAAGGCAUUGUCAUUUGUACAACAUGAAGUCUUCCUGUGAUCCAUGGAGUAAACCCUUGUGUGAAUUAUUGUCUUUUGGAUAUUUUUCAGAAAUCAUAAUUACAUAAGUAUAAAUGCUAAAAGAAAUUUUGCUUUUUCCAGAUUAAACAAAAUAUUUCUAUCUCUUAGAGGAGAUUAACAAUGAUACGUAUAUCGUUGAGAAAGGGUUAUAUCAUCAAAACAGUUGUUGUAAGUGGAGUAGAUUUCCCCCUGAUUUUUCUGAUGUAUCCAUACAUGUAUUGAAAUGAUCAUUUUGAUAUUCCCAUUCAAAACAAUUGGAAUAACAGAUUGCUCCUUUGCACCGAGUAAAACUUUGAGGGUGACUCCGAAUGAGCAUUUCUGCUGCACUUCUGCUGUAUUUUGGCAAAAUGAAGAGCCUAGGAAAUGCUGGAAAAAUGAUAUAAGUCAUUUUCUGAGUUUUCUGAAUCGCAUAGUCACAGGUAUGAUGGGAAAGCAGGAAAACUGCAGAAAUUCAUACUUUUUGAUUUUGCACGAGUGGAUUAGUGUUAAGUGCAUUCCAAAGUUAUUUUCUAAACAGCAAAGUUUAAAAUAGAUUCACAAGAAGCUUAUUAUCAUUAUUACACAUUUUCAGGUUUAAGAAUUUAUUCUCCACCACCUUGACACCACAACCACAGAGCCCGUCAUAAUCCAAUCAUGAUUAUCAUUAACAAGUAGAAUAUUGAAAGCAGAAUUAUAAUGCUACAUAAUGUCACAAAACUGCUGUUAAAGUUAAUGACCCAAGCAAGUCUAUCCCUUUCUUAUUUUAUGUUGCGCAAUUUUAAUGAGUUGGAAAAGUUGCUGGAAUUCAUUACACUGAGGCAUGUGUCAUUGUGCUAAGUAAGCUUUUCAAGAUUACACUGUUUGAUAAAAUUCAUUCUGUUUUGUUUUGAAACAAGGAAUGUUUUUGAGUGAAACAGAUGCCUACGCAAAAUUAUGACUAAUUUGAUCCAAAUUAGAUAUGCAAAUGUUAGUUUUACUUAAGUGUUGUCAGUUUUUAAUUGCAGAAGGCAUUUAAUGGCACAAUCCAGUAAUUUUUAACAAGUCUGUAAUGAUAUUACCUGAUAAAAUGUCAAUAUGAAGCAAGGAUGAACACAUUUAUACAAAAUAAUCAUUCUGUUGACAAUAGUUAGCAAUUAUUUUUCUAUCUGGGGCUUACAGAUACCAAACUUUUGAGAGCCAUUUGAUACCACUCUAUCAUUCCCGAGUGUUUAUCUUCCUAGCACUCUGGCUGAUGUGCCAUUUGAUUUUAAGACUAAUCCCAUGGAGGCACUUUUCACAGGCUAAUUCUAUACCAAAUACAGUUAAUUGCCAGUUAAUGCUGAAUGGAGGAUUUUUGUACUGUAUGAUUUAUGUACUACUUUCCCAUCAUUGCAGAUUGUUAAAUAAAUGUUUCAUUUUCUCUGAA